UCCGCGUCAUCGCCCUCUUUUCAGAACUUCGUUCCCGACGUUCGGCACACCGCAGACGUUCGGCAGGCAAAAUACUACGACUAACCCGGCGACUGCCUUGUCGAGCAGCGCCCUGCUGUCCACACUGACUGCUCUGCCGCCAACUGGCGUGGGUGUGAACGCGGCGAUGGCUGCGUACCAGAGCGCUCUGCUGUCCGCCAUGGCUGCGCACACGCACACCUUCCCCACCAGCCUCAGUGCCCCAACAGAUUUGUCUUUGAAAACCACGUCGACCCCGACUCCGCUGCACGUGACCACUGCUUCAUCGCUCACCGGAACAACCUCCACCCAGUCCAAGUCCAACCUGCUGUCCCACAAGCUGUCUGGAGCCGAAGUGGGUGCUGUACGACAGCUCAUCACCGGCUACCGCGAGUCUGCUGCCUUCCUGCUGAGAUCCGCCGAUGAGCUCGAGGCUCUCCUCCUGAACCAACCCUAGGAUACAGCCAAGCCGAUGACGGACAUAUUUGGAUUCAAAUUCGGAUAUUUCUAGAACAUUCGGACCCAAA